AUGCAGAUCACACGCUGUGGCAUUCAUGGGUUCCAUGAGGUUCUCGGUAUUGAUGCUGAUGAGCUUCGCUUCUACUGGGCAUUGGAGAGCAGUGUCGAGAAUUCUGUUCAAGUCGCUUACCGCGUCGUGCUGGCAACGGAGUCAAAGCUUCUUGAAGUAGCCGAACCAGACGUGUCGAGUCUCGCAUGGGACUCUGGUCGCGUAGAAAGCAAUGAGCAACGCAACAUCUUGUGCAAGCCAUCCGAUGGCUUUGAGUCUACCUGCAGUUACUUCUGGCAGGUCCGACUUUGGGACAAUAAGCAAGAAGUCCACUAUGGCCCGAUCCAACAUUUUUUCACGGGUUACCCCCGAUCGCGUCUGCUACCUCCCUAUAGCAUGAACCAAACAUACAUGCCACACUCCAGUCUCAUUUUCCGUACAUGGUUUGAAGAUGAGCCAAACAGAUGGAAGGCUGUCUGGAUUGGAGAUGGAGGCGAUAAGCCCAUCUAUCUGCGAAAGUCAUUCCAACUAGCAAAGCAGCCAACUCGCGCUAUCCUCUUUGCUUCGGGGUUGGGCCACUUCAAUAUGAGCGUCAAUGGCCAGCCGGCGUCUGAUCAUCGCCUGGAUCCCGGUUGGACCAACUAUCACCGGCGAGUUCAGUUUACAUCUUAUGAUGUGACCUCUCAUCUCAGCGCUGGCAAGAACGCGUUGGGCGCCCAUGUAGGCAACGGAUUCUAUGCCGGUGACCAGGGCGAGGAUCGCUUCUUCUGGCCAAUGUAUGAAGACAACACAUACGUCCGAUAUGGAAACGAGCUUUGUUUCUUCUGUGAACUACAUCUCUUUUAUGAUGAUGGAAGCCAUGAUACACUCAUCUCCGAUCCCACUUGGACAGUGCGAAAAAGUGCAACUACGCUUGCCAAUAUCUAUGCGUCGGAAAAUCACGAUCGUCGGCUUUACCCCUCGAAAUGGGAUACGCCAACGUUUGAUGAUAGCAACUGGGCUCCAGCUAAGCCCUUGACAGGUCCUAGAGGUCACAUUUUUUACCAGACGCAACCACCAGUGGUGCUGCAUGAAACUUUCCAGCCCGUGAAGACCUACAGCCCCUCAAAUGGGGUUGUGUGCUUUGAUCUCGGUCAGAACGCAUCAACUAUGGUUCAGUUGGUACUUGAAGGUGCCUCGGGCUCGGAGGUAAUUGUACGGUAUUCUGAAACCGUCAAUGAAGAUGGUACCGUCCUCAUGCCCGAUCCACUGUUCAAACAAUUUGAGACAGGUGUGUUCUCCAGAAUAUACCUCGCUGGCACUGGAGAGCCUGAGAUGUGGGAGCCCGACUUUAGCUUCACAAGCGCUCGCUAUAUCCAGGUCGAGGGCGUGUCAUUGACGGAAAGCGAAGGCCUUCCCAUCAUUCACUCCGCUGUGGGCCGCCAUAUUUCCUCUGCCGCCAGACGACUUGGCACUAUGAAGACCGAUAAGGAAGACGUCAAUGCACUUCUCAAUGCUUGCUAUUGGACAUUCAACAGUAACCUCUUCAGUUACCACACUGAUUGCCCACAAAUCGAGAAGUUCGGCUGGCUAGAGGUCACCCAUCUACUCGCACCUGCGACACAAUACAUUCGUGACAUGGAGUCUCUUUACACAAAAAUCUUGGAUGACAUGCUUGAUACCCAGGAGCCCAAUGGCCUUGUACCAACCAUGGCUCCCGAGAUCCGUUAUAUGUGUGGCCCGCUUCAUGAUACGAUCACCUGGGGCUGUGCUUUGUGCUUCUUGCCAGAUAUCUUGCUGAAAUACUAUGGUUCCACUCACGUUAUUGCCAAGGUGUAUCCAGCCGCGGUGCGAUAUAUGGAAUACAUGAAGACGAAGGAACGCCGCGGUGGUUUGAUCGAGCACGGUCUGGGUGAUUGGGGUCGUGAUAUUGCCUUUGGUAAUCACCAGGCUAAUAUUGAGACUGCAAUCUACUAUCGAUGCCUUCAGUGCGUUGAGAUGAUGGCCCGGGAGCUCGGCAAGGUCGAUGAGGCUAAGAAGUUCAAUGCAUGGGCAUCUCGAAUUUACAAGGUCUACAACCAGCACCUCCUUGUAACGGAUGAUUCAUCACGUCAAUAUGCCUAUUAUACUUCGUUGGACAAUUAUCCCGAGCGCGAUCGCACUGCCAUCGGCCAAGCCAUGGCUUUGCAGUUUGGUCUCGUUCCUGCUGAGCACGAGAAGGAUGUCAUGGCCGCCUUCGUGGACGAUUGCUCUGACGGGAGAAUGCGGGCCGGCGAGAUCGGUCUGCGCUUCCUAUUCAACACCCUCGCAGACGCCAAGAGGCCGGACUUGGUUCUUCAGAUGGCACGACAAGAGGAGCAUCCCUCAUACAUGCGCUUCCUUCGCCGUGGCGAAACCACGCUCUUGGAGUUCUGGCAGGAUGAGUGCCGCAGCAAGUGCCACGACAUGCUUGGCACCAUCUAUGAAUGGUUCUAUGCUGCCAUCUUAGGCUUGAAGCCCGUGGACAAUGCCUAUCGGACCUUUGAGAUUGAUCCUCCGUAUGAAGCAGAAUUUGACUUCGUCGAGGGAGCGGUGGACAGUCCGUACGGGCUGAUUGAAGUGAAAUUCCAGCGUAAUGUUACAAGAGUGGUGACUCUGGACCUUCGUGUUCCCUUUGGAACCUCUGCCACCGUAAAGACCCCCACAAAUGUACAGAGAGUGGAAAUCAUCAGAGAAGGAGGCUCGAAUACAGUGCUGGGUGCUGAAAAUGUGCAGCUUCAACAUGGCAAUUACAAGAUUGUCAUUAAGUCAUCUUGA